UUACAGAGCGAAAGAAGAUCAAACUUGUUGAAGUAGCACACUGCAAACUGUUCGACUCGAGAUUCUUUGUAAGCUGGGCAUGGUCUUAGGGACGACGGCGGGGCGAUGACGCUCUACCACCGUCCUUCGUCAUCGCCAGGAGUCCUUCAGGACUCGCACAGUCUCCCGAACCCGACCCUGAGUUUCUCCUCGAUCCUUACCUCCGAUAACAAACGUUACUAUCGUUGUUCAACGUGGAAACUGGCAAAGACGAACGCCACCAUUGCGUUCGUUAGGAGGCAUGAAGGAUCGACCUCAUCGACCUUACCGAGACCAUCACGGACAGGCGAUGCCUCUAGAGGAGGUUCAGGGAUUGCUGCUUCCACCCUCCAGAACAGGUAACCGGGGACCUCUGAACGUGACGAUUGUACAGGUCGGAAAAGGAAACGGGGGCAGUGGAGAUGGCGGAAGUGAUUUACUGAGAUUGGAACCACCGUCGGAUUUAAGGUCAGCACCAUCGCCCUUAUCCGACACGAGUGCUACGCUGCAGUCCGACAACAAUGAUACUUUUAGCGGAGGUGUUGAUCCACGAUUACUGUUGGGUGCAAGUACCGGCGGCGAACGUAACACGUGGGAGGGUCGUUAUCACGUAAAGGAACAUCGGCGUGCUGGAAAGGCGACCUUUCAGGGCCAAGUUUACAACUUCCUGGAGCGUCCCACUGGCUGGAAGUGCUUCCUAUACCACUUCUCUGUGUGA